UCUUCCUCCGCGAGCUGAAAGUCACCUGACCGAACGCCAUGCAAAUCAUUCCCCUUCUGGAACGUCAUUGGCCACUCGCGGCUGAUUUAACGCGGUGUCAGAGCGCAUCAUAUGGCCGCCGCCGCUUUAACUAACUGCUCAACUCCGACAGGGAAAGUGGCUCAAAUGCGCAUUCUAUCGUAGUGGAUGUGAACCAACACGCGAAGAGAGGGUAAAUACUGACGCGGAGAACAUUUUAUUUCUUUCGGAUUAUUACGUACCUUCUGUAUUUGAUCGAUUUGGGUUAAGAUAAUAUCUUUGAGAAGAGAAAGAAAAGCAGCCUUGCCAGUUCGCACCAUAGCGACCGUUGCGCACCUGCCCAACAUAUUUAGAAAUCAAUUUUUUUCCUGUUGUUGGCAAACUUUAACAACCGGGUGAAUGUAUAGCAUGAUGAUGGAAACUGACCUCCACUCCCCCGGACCCCAAACCAACACGUCAACGGGGCAGACGGGGUCGAACAGUGGGUCUAAAGCAAACCAGGACCGGGUGAAGAGACCGAUGAACGCGUUCAUGGUUUGGUCCCGCGGUCAGCGGAGAAAGAUGGCCCAGGAAAACCCCAAAAUGCACAACUCUGAAAUCAGCAAGAGACUGGGCGCCGAGUGGAAGGUGAUGUCCGAGGCUGAAAAGCGUCCGUUCAUCGACGAGGCGAAGCGGUUGCGCGCCAUGCACAUGAAGGAGCAUCCGGAUUACAAGUACCGGCCGAGACGGAAGACCAAAACUCUGCUGAAAAAGGACAAGUAUUCCCUAGCCGGUGGACUGCUUUCUGGAGCCGGGGGCCCCGGUGGAGUUGGUUUAGGGGUCGGCAUGGGUUCAUCUGGGGUCGGGCAGAGGUUAGAGAGCCCUGGGGGCCACGGAGGCUCCGCUGGCUCUGGUUAUGCACACAUGAACGGCUGGGCUAACGGUGCGUACUCUGGGCAGGUCGCUGCGGCCGCGGCGGCGGCGGCGAUGAUGCAAGAGGCUCAGCUCGCCUACAGCCAGCACCCGGGGAGCAGCGCUCACCAUCACCACCACGCACACCACCACCACUCGCACAACCCCCAGCCGAUGCACCGCUACGACAUGACGACCCUGCAAUACAGCCCCAUCUCGAACUCUCAGGGCUACAUGAGCGCCUCUCCGUCCGGCUACGGGGGGAUCGCCUACACGCAGCACCAGAGCUCUGGCGUCUCCUCUUCGGCCGCCAUGGGGACGUUAGGGUCGCUGGUGAAGUCGGAGCCGAGCGUAAGCCCUCCUGUCAGCACACACUCACGGGGUCCUUGCCCCGGAGACUUGAGAGAGAUGAUAAGCAUGUAUUUACCGACCGGAGAGCCGGGGGAGCCGUCAGUGCAAAGUAGACUCCACGCCUUGCCGCAGCAUUACCAGAGCGCGACGGCUGGAGUCAACGGGACGGUCCCGCUCACACACAUUUAGAGCCGAAAGAAAGAUAACAUAAGAGUAAUCAUUGAGAAAAAAAAACUGCAAACAGAUAACACAUAACCAAAUAUUUACCUCUUUUCUAAAUCAUCCCGGUCCCAGAACUACCUGCAUUUUGUACAGAAUGUUUAUGAUAAUGUAAAUGAAGGGAACAUAGCAUAUUCGUCUGGGCUUUUUUUGAACAGCCACCAGUGGAAUUAUAUAACGAAGAUAAUGUUCAAAUAUUGGUUAUUGUGAAAUCAUUUUUGUCCAUUACUUAACACAGUCUUAGUCGAGGGCUAUGCCAAGUUUAAGCGGAUAUUUGGUUAAAAUGUCUCAUAAAUUGGGGGUUCUUGUAAGUUAUUGAAAAUGAAAAAAGCUGUGUCAUAAUCAUAAAAAGUGCUUUAAAUGAUAUAUGAAAAACGCAUUCCUUACACAUUUGUUGUUCAUUUGCAGAAGCCUAUGUCUAUUAAUUAUCAAAUACUUUCUUUUUAUUGUAAUAACAUAAUUAUUGUAAAUUGUGAAUAAUUUUAAUAUUUCAAAAACUGACGGGCGACUGCUGUUGUAAUUUAAGUGCUUUUCUGCAAGUGAAAGGCCCUGAUAUUGCAAUGAAGAAAAAUUGAAUAAAUUUCACAGAUUUUGCUUUGAUUCUUAAAA